CUCCCAACCCACGUGGGGAGGCGGGGGGGCCUUGCGCUUUGUGCUGAGUGAGAAGAAGGGGGGUGUGCAAGGAAAACCUCGUGCCCGCAAAAAUGCGGUUUGCGCUCUUCUUGUCCUGGUGCUGCUGCCUGCAUGGAUGUGCGCUAGGGACUGGCUUCCUCUACCAAUUCCCGACGUCAACCCUGCAGCACAACUACCCCGAGCAGAGCUCGGGCUCCCCGGGCAGCGGCUUCACCAGUCGCCGGCAUUGGUGUCACUACACAGUGACCCGGACAGUUUCCUGUCAAGUGCAGAAUGGCUCAGAAACUGUGAUCCAGAGAGUUUAUCAGAGCUGCCGGUGGCCAGGACCUUGUGCCAAUCUAGUGAGUUACAGGACUCUCAUCAGGCCCACGUACAAAAUGUCCUACCGAACUGUGACCACGCUGGAGUGGAGGUGCUGUCCUGGCUUCACAGGGAGCAACUGCGAGGAGGGUUCAUCUGGCCGACAGCACCGUUACUAUCCCAGGCUUGACCAAUGCUUGAACUGCACAAGACUAGCAGACAUGACUGAGAGGCUAAACACGCUUGAGGCCAAGAUUCUUCUGCUUGAAGCGGCAGAUAGGAGCCCACCUUUGGAAAACAACCUGCCAAUCACUGGAACUACAGCUACGUGGUACGACGAUUUGCUGCCUGAUGCCUUCCCUCUGCUCAACCCUGACACCAUCUUGCAGAAAACAGUGGAAUCUGUUGGACGCAGAGGUGUAGAAGAACAGUUAAUACCACAGGGUCAGCCAGGACAGGUGGGGCCUCCAGGCCCAGUUGGACCAACUGGUCUCCCAGGACCACCAGGGCCAAAAGGCGAGAAGGGACAACCCGGCGAGAGGGGACCCGCAGGACCACCAGGACUGCUGGGACCUCAAGGACCAAGAGGACUUCCAGGAGAAACUGGGAUCCCUGGUCCCCCAGGUCCUCCAGGACCACCAGCCACCCCAAGCCUCCCCCUUACCUUCCAACAAGGGGUCCUCUACUCCCUGCAGCCUACAACUGAGAAAGAAAAUGGAGAACCUCAACUGGCUUCUACCGUCAUAGACACCAUCAUGUCUGGCUUGCCAGGACCACGAGGAGCUCCUGGCCCGGUUGGGCCACCAGGGCCACCAGGUGCAUCAGGACCCAAAGGACCACCAGGACCUAUCGGAGCCCCUGGAUUGCAAGGUUUACCGGGCUCUCCAGGACAGCCUGGGCCGAAAGGUUCCAAGGGAGACCGAGGAGAGAGGGGGCAAGCGGGUCUGACUGGAGAGAGGGGCAUUAAGGGAUUUCCUGGUGAACCAGGCAAGAAGGGUGAGGAAGGUGAUAAAAGUGCAGAUGGCGAAGGUGUUCAACAACUUCGAGAAGCUCUGAAGAUUUUGGCUGAGAGGGUAUUAAUUCUUGAGCACAUGAUAGGAAUUCAUGACUCUUUAUCUUCCAUUGAGCCAGGCUCUGGACAAGAUGUGAUUCCCAGCUCCCCGCUGCGAACCAGCAUCAAGAUCAAGCGUGGAGGACCCCAGCACCAACAACAGCCCCAUCAGAUCCUCUCUUCGCUGCUGGAUGACAGUGAAGCAAGAAGGAGACGCAACUGAAGGAAGUAGGAGCAGCUACAUGUCCUUCAAUCCUGCUCACCAGUUUAAGAUACAGUAUCCUGUGUUUAAUUGCAGUGUGCAAAUGAAGUGGGUAGGAGGCUGCAGCAUUAGCAGUGAGGUUUCCUUACCUGAUCAGCACUAAGCCCUUAUCACAAGGAAUAGCUUAGUCAUAGCUCAGAGAGGGUCUUAGAAACAUUUUUCUUGAUCUCAUUUUUUUGCCUUUCAAAUACCACAUGGCAGGUGUGACACCUCCUGACUGCGGCCAAUAGUUUAAUCCUUCUCUUGUCUUUCAUGGGCCUCUAAAGCAUUUUCCCUGUCAAGAAUAUCUCUUAAGCAAAAAAUAAAUAGGGGAAUUCAAAGAACAUUUAAAAUAGUUACUCUGAAAAAUCAGUUUUACUCUUGGGACAUGAGCAUCAAAAGCUAGGCUUUGCAUUUUGUUGAUUGCAUAAGACUUUUUUUUUUCUACCUAUGGUUAGCUGAGCAAGGAUCUCAGGUGCAAAUCAUGGCAUCCACUGACUUUCUGUCUAUUUAAAUAGGUUUUUUUUUUUUUUUAACUCUGUGUCAGGGUUUCAAAUCCAGCCCAGGCGAAAAGUGAGCAAAUUAUCUUUGUCAUUUUAUGGCAUAAUAAGGUAAAUUGGUCAUGUCCCAUCUAGCUCUUAGUGCAAGAUACAGCUAUCUCAAAAAGAUAAUGUCUACUCCUACAGGUGUGUCUGGCAAAAGCUCUGGCAAAGACCAAGAACUGGGCUGUCCAUGUAUCCAGGAAGCCCUAAGACCCAGCAGGAUAUUUCAGAGAGAAAGGGAAGCGUGUGUGAAAUGGGGCUUGGCUUGCAGGGGCUCUGCCUGCCGACUUUAGCCUCCCAUCAGCUAGCUUUUCCGGAUACAUUGUGAAGGUGGUAGACGAGCCCUACAGAGAUUUCAGAACAACCAAUUUUGUCCUCUCAGAAGCAUUAUUUUCUCAGAAAUAAAGAUGUUAAAGCUACUUCCAGAGAGACUGUAUUCACCAUUAAUUUGGGCCUGUCCUUCUGAAGUCUAACCAGGUCACCCAAAACAGAUGAUCGAUCACAUUUGACUGUGUUUCUAGAUUUUCAAUUAUUUGAAACAAAUUACUGGCAAUAUGAAGGGAAAUUUAAUUGAAGUUUUUUUGCAACUAAUCCUGCCAAACUGCUUGUCAGACUACUGAUUAGGGUCAGACUGCAAUGGUUCUAACUCUGGAUUCCUAUAACAAGCUAUGUAAUUUUUUGCUUCCCACCCUUCUUACUUUAUUUAGCUACAUCUCUCUUUUAACGCAGUACUGUAUCUUGAAUUUUGGUGAUAGCAGGAUUAUACCAAAUGGACUUUCUGUCAGCAGAGGAUUCAGUUCUUAUUACUCACACAACAGUCAGACCACGUUGUGCAGUCGCAGUUUAAAGAUGUUUUAAAGGUGAACACAGCCUCAUACGCCGACAAUUAAUGAUCUUCAUGACAAAGCAAACUACUCCAACCACAUUUUCCAUCUUAGGCAGGAUACUAAGAUUCAUUUUAGCCAAGGCUUAUAUGCAUCUUGCCAUGUCUAUGUAACUUAGAGUGGAUUUAUUUUGGAUGCGUGCUCAUUUAGCAAUAUAUUUUGAAAUGUUUAGCUUUAUCUUACAUGCAUACUGUGCAAUACCAUAGUGUUUCUUAAUGUUUCUUGGAGCUCCAAUGUGUUUUUGACUUGGAUAGGUUCUGGUGGUAGUAAUGCAUUUUCCUUGCCUUGAGCUAACCAGAAGCAGCAACAGAAUAUUGCACAACUUAACAUUUUUGUUAUUUGUGCAUCCUGAUGUUCACCAGCAAUCUGGUACUCCAGGGAGGUGAAGAAUAUUUCUCUCCAGAGUAUCCAAUUUGCACUUAACUGUACAAAACUGAGAGAAACCCAGGGAAAUAGGAAUAAACUGAAGAGAAAGGCCCCUGCCUGCUCCCACCACGCUCCAUAGCAAGCUCACCAUCAACUUUAAUAGGAGUAGGGACGGGCCAUAAAAAUGGGAUCCAAAUCUUCAGCUCGCAGGAUGCUGGUGGCAGAGCAGCCCAGGCAGCGCUCAGGCUUUCUGAAACUUUGGUUCUGGAAUCCUGGUUCAGUCCCAGUCUUUGAAACGAACUGUUUCGAUGUAGGAACCUAACCACUGUGACAAGGCUUCCAAAAGAUGAUCAGCUUCUGGAAUUAUGUCUCAGGACAAUUCCUGGGAAUAUGACUCUGUUUCACGAUUGCAAACUUGGUAUUGUUGUUGUUGUUGUUUUUGCUACAUUCCAGUAAGGUGAUUGAUGAUAAAAGGGUUUGAACUACUUGCAGUUUCUGUGAUUGCUUUGAAAUCGAGUAAUUCUACGGUGCUAUAGUUGUCCAUAAAGCAAAUACCCACCCAUGGAAGGAAAUGUUAACUUUUUCACUAGUUACUUUACACAGUAUUUUUUUGUUUAUAUCAGUGUGUUUCAUACACGUGCAAGUGGUCUCAACAUCUCUCUUUGAGAUUGAUCUCUUAUAGAGCAGCCAUAUGCAGUAUCUUGUGUUUACAUAUAAGUUCUUAGGGCAGAAAUAAGUCUCUUCUAACAUGAACUUGUUUAUGGCAGGCUCUGAUGUUUGCUGUCAGACUUUACCAGUGGAGCAAAAAAAAAAAACCCCACCUGUUUGUUCCACCACUUGCAUCAUUACUUACCUGUUUUUGUAUUGC